UCCCCCCCCCGGACCUCGGGAGCCCGAUGUGACCCGCCAGAGAAAAUGGCGGCGGCGGCGGGGAAUCGCACCUCGUCGUCGGGAUUAUCCUCGGGCAGCGGCGGGGAGGCGGCCGCCGCCGCCGCCUGCGGGAGCUUGAAGGGCGGCGCGGCCGCGGGGAGUGCCGCCGGGAGCGGCGGGGGGCUGCCGAGGGAGGCGGGCGGCGGCUGCCGGGAGCAGCGCUCUGACUGGAGGCGGAAGCAGCUGCGCAAAGUGCGGAGCGUGGAGCUGGACCGGCUGCCCGAGGCGCCCCUCUUCCUCGCCGCCGCCCCGGCCGCCGCCUCCUCCUCCUCCUCCUCCUCCUCGCCGGAGCCCCCCGAGGCACUGCUGCUCCACUACCUGCCCGGGCCGCCGCGCUCCAGCCCCGCCAGCCCGGCUGCCUCCCCCAGCCGCUGCGCCGAGCUGCUGGAGCCGCUGCCGGCGGGGAGCCCGACGGGGACCGACCCCGCCGCGGGGCGGAGGAUGGAGCCGUCUCCCCCUGCGAGUCGUGACAUGGAGAAUAAAGAAACACUCAGGGGGUUGCAGAAGAUGGAUGACCGCCCAGAAGAGCGCAUGAUCAGGGAGAAACUCAAGGCAACGUGUAUGCCAGCCUGGAAGCAUGAAUGGCUUGAAAGAAGAAGCAGGAGAGGCCCUGUGGUGGUGAAACCUAUCCCUGGAAAAGGAGAUGGAUUGGAAAUGAACAAACUCUCUCUAGAACCUCAACCUGAAGGACAAAGCACUGCUUCUUCACCUACACAAAAAGGAAGACGUAGUCCUUCUCCUAGUAGCUCCUCUUCAUCAUCUUCAAGGACAGUUAAAUCUGAAUCACCAGGUGUUAGAAGAAAAAGGGUAUCUCCAGUGCCUUUUCAGAGUGGACGAAUAACACCACCUCGACGAGCCCCAUCUCCAGAUGGCUUCUCUCCAUACAGCCCUGAGGAAACAAAUCGUCGUGUCAACAAAGUUAUGCGAGCCAGGCUCUACUUGCUGCAGCAGAUAGGACCCAACUCUUUCUUAAUUGGAGGAGACAGCCCUGAUAAUAAAUAUAGAGUGUUUAUUGGGCCGCAGACUUGUAGCUGUGGCCGUGGGACGUUUUGUAUUCAUCUGCUGUUCGUUAUGCUGCGAGUGUUCCAGCUUGAACCCUCAGACCCAAUGCUCUGGAGAAAGACACUGAAGAACUUUGAGGUUGAGAGUUUGUUCCAGAAAUAUCACAGUAGGCGUAGCUCAAGGAUCAAAGCUCCAUCUCGUAACACCAUCCAGAAGUUUGUCUCACGCAUGUCAAAUUCUCAUACAUUGUCAUCAUCUAGUACUUCUACAUCUAGUUCAGAAAACAGUAUGAAGGAUGAAGAAGAACAGAUGUGCCCCAUUUGUUUGUUAGGCAUGCUGGAUGAAGAGAGCCUAACUGUGUGUGAAGAUGGUUGCAGGAACAAAUUACACCACCACUGCAUGUCAAUAUGGGCAGAAGAAUGCAGAAGAAACAGAGAGCCACUUAUCUGUCCUCUUUGUAGGUCUAAAUGGAGAUCUCAUGAUUUCUAUAGUCAUGAAUUGCCAAGCCCUGUGGAUUCUUCUGUUCUCCGUGUGGUUCAGCAGCAAACUCAGCAACAAUCUACAGCUGGAUCACAGAGAAGAACCCAGGAUAGCAAUUUUAACCUUACUCAUUAUGGAGUCCAGCAGAUCCCUUCUGCCUAUAAAGAUUUAGCUGAGCCAUGGAUUCAGGUGUUUGGAAUGGAGUUAGUUGGCUGCUUGUUUUCUCGAAACUGGAAUAUACGAGAGAUGGCACUUAGGCGUCUUUCCCAUGAUGUUAGUGGUGCUCUAUUACUGGCUAAUGGUGAAAGCACUGGAAAUUCUGGAAGCAGCAGUGGAAACAACACAAGUGCUGGAGCUCUGGGAGCAGCUAGUGGGUCAUCUCAGACCAGUAUCUCAGGAGAUGUGGUGGUGGAAUCCUGCUGCAGUGUGCUGUCCAUGGUCUGUGCUGACCCUGUCUACAAAGUGUAUGUUGCUGCUUUAAAAACUUUAAGAGCCAUGCUGGUAUAUACUCCCUGUCAUACUUUAGCAGAGAGGACUAAACUACAGCGACUUCUCAAGCCAGUUGUAGAGACAAUAUUAGUUAAAUGUGCAGAUGCCAACAGUCGAACAAGUCAACUUUCAGUCUCAACGCUACUGGAGAUGUGUAAAGGCCAAGCGGGCGAGCUGGCAAUUGGGAGAGAAAUACUUAAAUCUGGGUCCAUUGGUAUUGGUGGUGUUGAUUAUGUCUUAAAUUGUAUUCUUGGAACACAAACUGAAUCUAGCAACUGGCAAGCGCUACUGGGGCGACUUUGUCUAAUAGACAGACUUCUGUUGGAAUUUCCUGGUGAAUUUUAUCCUCACAUUGUCUGUGGAGAUGUUUUACAGGCUGAUACUGUAGUGGACAGGUAUAAGAAACUUCUCUCCCUCUUAACUUUCGCCUUGCAGUCCAUUGACAAUUCCCACUCAAUGGUUGGUAAACUAUCACGGAGAGUAUUUUUGAGUGCAGCAAGAAUGGUGGCAAGAGUGCCCCAUGUUUUUGUAAAGCUCUUAGAAAUGUUGAGUGUGACGAGUUCAACUCAUUAUGCAAGGAUGCGUCGACGUCUGAUGGCAAUAGCAGAUGAAAUGGAAAUUGCAGAAGCUAUCCAGCUAGGCAUGGAAGAAAUGCACUCGGGGGAAUGUCAGCAUGAAGACUUUCUGCAGCUACCUGUACCGGAUAACUCUCCAGAAGCUACAGAAAAUAAUACUCCUAACAAUACUGUCCAGUUGUCAGGGAAAAGUGGGAAAGGCUUAAGUGAUAAAAAACUGAGUGCCAGUCCAGAAGACAUAUCUGAGACUCUAGAUGGCCUUGUUGUGGGACUUCCUGUUUCAUUAGUAACCACUGAGCAACCAAAGCCAGCCAUUCAAACAAAAGGAAAACCCCACAGUCAGUGUUUGAACUCUUCUCCCUCAUCCAGUCAUUCCCAGUCACUAUUCCCGACGCUUCUGUCUCCUUCAAACCCAUCUGUACCAGCUGGCACUGUAACAGAUGUCUCUAAACUCAGACCUCAGGGAUUCAUUCCCUGCAAAAUCCCCUCACCCUCUCCUCAAACACAGCGGAAACUUUCUCUCCAGUUUCAGAGAAACUGUUCUGAAAAUAAAGAACCAGAGAAACUUUCUCCACUUUUUACCCAAGCCAGGCCAUUGCCAUCCAGUCACAUACACAGGCCAAAGCCAUCACGACCCACCCCAAGUGAUGUGAACAAGCAGGGAGAAACCUUAAAAAACAGUAUGACGCUUGACCUGAAUGAUAUCUCACAGUGUGAUGGCAAUAGUAGUAGUAGUAGCAGUGCAGUUAUACCAAGUGAAGAGACAGUGUUCACACCAGUAGAUGAAAAAUGUCGAUUGGAUGUUAAUGCAGAGCUCAAUUCCAGUAUUGAGGACCUACUCGAGGCCUCCAUGCCAACGAGUGAUGGCACAGUUACAUUCAAGUCUGAGGUUGCAGUGCUUUCUCCUGAGCGGGCAGAAAAUGAUGAUACUUACAAAGAUGAUGUAAAUCAUAAUCAAAAAUGCAAGGAAAAGAUGGAAGCUGAAGAGGAGGAAGCUUUAGCUAUUGCUAUGGCAAUGUCAGCAUCUCAAGAUGCCCUGCCAAUAAUUCCUCAACUACAGGUUGAAAAUGGUGAAGAUAUCAUAAUCAUUCAGCAGGACACACCAGAAACCCUGCCUGGACAUACCAAAGCAAAACACCAUUACAGAGAAGAUGCGGAAUGGCUUAAAGGUCAGCAAAUUGGUCUUGGAGCUUUCUCUUCCUGUUACCAAGCUCAAGAUGUAGGAACAGGGACUUUAAUGGCUGUAAAACAGGUGACAUAUGUCAGGAACACAUCAUCGGAGCAAGAAGAGGUAGUUGAAGCACUGAGAGAAGAAAUAAGGAUGAUGAGUCAUCUGAAUCAUCCUAACAUUAUUCGAAUGCUGGGUGCUACAUGUGAGAAGAGCAACUAUAACCUCUUUAUUGAAUGGAUGGCAGGGGGUUCGGUUGCUCAUUUAUUAAGUAAAUAUGGAGCCUUCAAAGAAUCGGUUAUUGUUAAUUACACAGAACAACUGUUACGUGGCCUUUCUUACCUCCAUGAGAAUCAGAUAAUCCAUAGAGAUGUUAAAGGUGCCAAUUUGCUAAUUGACAGCACAGGUCAUAGAUUAAGAAUUGCUGAUUUUGGAGCUGCAGCCAGGUUGGCAUCAAAAGGAACUGGUGCUGGAGAGUUUCAGGGACAGUUGUUGGGAACUAUUGCAUUUAUGGCACCAGAGGUUCUGAGAGGUCAGCAAUAUGGUAGGAGCUGUGAUGUGUGGAGCGUUGGCUGUGUUGUUAUAGAAAUGGCCUGUGCUAAACCUCCCUGGAAUGCAGAGAAACACUCCAAUCAUCUUGCUCUGAUAUUCAAGAUUGCUAGUGCAACUACUGCUCCAUCAAUCCCUACACAUCUGUCUCCUGGCUUGAAAGAUGUGACUCUUCGGUGUUUAGAACUUCAACCUCAGGACAGACCCCCAUCAAGGGAGCUGCUGAAACACCCGGUCUUCCGUACUACAUGGUAGCUACUUAUGAAUAAGGCUGUUAUACUGAAGAAGAUGCUACUGAAUAUACAAUAUCUCUCUUGCAGUGCAGUUAAGCACAGCAAAUUAUAUUAUUCUGCUGGCCUUAACAAUAGAUACAUCAAGAACUUAAGGCCAGUGGAGGACCCUACCCAAGUAUGUGAUUGACAAAUCGAAAUCUUUACCUAAGCUCAGUAUGCAACAUUUCACAACUUGUGCAGAGAUUUGUAAACUGUGCCUUUUCAGACAUUUGGCUCUAUGUGAACACAAAAGCAUUUUUCCUUAAAUCUGCAUGAUUAUUUAGCAGAUAAGUGAUUUUUAUUUUAUUUGGAGCACUUUUUCAGCAAUAUUAGCAGCUGAGGGGCUCAGGAUCUAUUUUAAUACAGCAAUCACUGUUCCAUUUGACAUCAUGUAGAUUUAAGCAGAGGGUUCUCCAAUCAGUCAAUUUUCAGCACUGUUCAGCACUGACAGUUCUGUAUCUGUCCCUUUUAAUUUCACAAAGGUCUCUGAGUAACAAAUGAGUAAAAACACUGAUGGAUACUUAAAAAAAAAAAAAAUAGAAAAAAGAAAAACAAAAAACAAACAAAAAAAAAAAACCAAACCAAAACAAAGCAUUUAGCCUUCCUUAAAGUUAAGAGCAGGCAGUUGUGGUUCACCAUACAUUUACUGCUGGCCAUGUAAUUUCUUUUGAAAUGGAAGUUUGUUUUCAUUGUAUUUUUAACUUUCAGGGAAAGGUGAUCUUUUAAAAAUAGUCUUUAGAAAAAGAUGCAAGCUGUGUCAUGAAACAUCUUGCUGACACAAGAGUUUUAAAAACAGAUUUGCUGGAAAUCUGGAAAAAAAAUUCCAUCUGCAAUAAGGCGAUGUUGAAGGCUCUGAUACUAUAGGUUAUUUUUUAAAAACGAAACAGAAGAAACAAAGUUGUUCUGCAUAAAACAACUUAGCCUGAAUCAUGCUAAAAGUUGUUGAGCCUUCUUUUCAUAUAGCAGUUUCUUCUGGGAAGUUGUGUAGAGAAGUUUCUUGUCACAAGCCCCAAACCCAGCUCCCAUUAAAGUUUAUGGGAGACUUUGUUCUGUACGUCAGUGGGAGUGGGUGCUAUCUACAAGCAAGUCUCAUUCUUUGUGUAACAAGAACUGAGGUCACGUUCUCUACUGAUAAUGAGUUUUACCUGCUGUUUUCCUUCUGCCGUACAUCAUCUAUUUACUGUAGCCAUUAGUGAUAAUUUAAUCUGAAAAUGUUAAAAAUAUUACCAUAAGAAAGGUAUUUAUUUUAACAAGAAACAAACUUGGACUUGAAAAGCAAGAUAAAGUAAAAUGUGAAGUAAAGCUUCACCUGUAGUGCAAGACUUGUGUUUUUUAGCAGGUGUGUUUUUUUAAAAAAGAGGUUUUUAAAGUUAUUUUAAAGGCAGGUUUUUAGAUUCUGAUGCAUGUAAUUCUGAAGGAAAAUGGCAGCUUUUCUUUUGCUUUUUUAAAUAUGGGGAUCUUUUUAAAUAAAAUACUGAUUGUGUUUAAUCCAUUUGGAAAAAAAAUACUGUUUAUGUUUUAACUCUUCAGAAGCCAGUUGGAUUGUUGGACUGAAAUAGAAUUGGUUAUUUUCAAAGACUCAGGACAAACUAAAUAAGCUAUAGUACAUUAAAAAUGUACGAUAAAAAUUGGAAGUAAAACAUCUUAAAGAUAAGUUUACAGGAAUGAUAGUGCUCAUACUAAUAAAAAACAGCAGUGUCAUUAGUUGUGAAUGUUUUUCUUUUGGAAAUUUUACAUUCCUUUGUUUUGAAGAUUGGCAGACUUUGAAGAGUUAAAAAGAUAAUACUGAAAUGUGAAGUUUGGUAGCUCUAACUGUUUUGUACUUGACUUUUUUUUUUUUUUUACCACUUUAGAAUUUCUCAUUCUAAUAAGAUUGUUUCCAAGUCUUUUUUAUGUGCAAGCUUUAAAGGAUGCACUCUUGCCAAUUCAUGUACUGGAAGAUCAGUUGUCAGAUUAAUACUGUUUCUGGCAGAAAUGUAAACUGUAUAAACUGAUGAACCUCAGCUAAUCAGUAUUACUUUGUAGAUCACCAUGCCUACCACAUUUCAAACUUAAACUGCCUCUAGGUGUCCAAAUGCAUUUGUCUGAGUUUGUUUGCGUGUCCCUCAGCUUGCUGGUAAUUGUGGUGUUUUUAAAAUGCAGAUGUGAUGUAAUAUUCUUAUUUUCUUUGGAUCAAAGCUGGACUGAAAAUUGUAUUGUGUAAUUAUUUUUUUGUGUCCUUAAUGUUAUUUGGUACUUAAGUUGUAAAUAACGUCUACUGCUGUUUAUUCCAGUUUCUACUACCUCAGGUGUCCUAUAGAGUUUCUUCUACCAAAGUUCACUUUCACAAUGAAAUUAUAUUUGCUAUGUGACUGAUUCCUAAGACUUCCAGGGCUUAAGGGCUAACUUCUAUUAGCACCUUACUGUGCAAACAAAUUUUACAGAAAUCUCUGGGUUAAGAAAUUUGGCUUCAUUGUAUCCUUUGUUAUUUUAAAUAUAUCAAGAUAUUUUAAUUAAAAGUUUUUACCCCAUUGAACCAAUUUUAUAUAGUAUAAUUUGUACCUAUUUUGGUGGGUUUUGUCUUUAUAGUAAAUAAAAGUUUUUGAACAAAUUUUGUCCUUUGCUCAUUACAAUGUAAACACUUCCCGUUUACUGAUGUGAAUAAAAUAUUUCUGGUGCACUUCACUGCUUAUACAGAAUUUCAUAUGCCAUAUCUGAUAUAUCAAGACUUAGAUUCUAAUAUUAAAUGACACUAUGAAUGGGUAUAGGCUGAUAUAUCUUAAGUGUAUCAAUAAAGAAUGCUUAGAUAAAGGGCAGCAACAAACGCUAAAUUGGUUUUUUUAAUCAAUAAUAAAGGUAGGAACUUCCCUUACAACAGUGUUGUAUCUAUGAACCUUACUUGCUUAUGCCUUUCAAUCAAACAUUAAACGUUUAAAUCUUGCAUUACUGCAAAGGUAACUUAAUUGCUCAGUCAGGUGACUUGAUUUCAUUAAAUCAGUUCUGGAGCCAUUGAGGUAUGUCUUGGAAAUUAAUCUGCUAUUUUAUGUUUUUAGUGAAAUGAUUCUGUUGCUUGUGAUUUAAGCAGCAAACAUAAUCCUUAACUUAUUCAGGCAACCUGAAUGUGUUUUGCAAAGCUAGGGCUUGUUUCAGUUGCUUGUCGUUCUCCUGAUUUUUUGAUAUUUUUGAAAUGAAUCCAUUUUUUUAUAGUUGAAAAAUAAGUUUGUGUUCUGUAGCCUUUUUUGUGACUACUAAAUUCUACAUUUUGGAGGAUCACUCUUUUUAUAGUCUCCAUUACUUAUGUAGCUUUCUGGAAAUAGAGAUGAAUAUAGCAAUUCACCAGCAAAAAUUGUCAGCAGAAAUCUUCAGAUAAACUCUAAUGCCUGAUUUUUUAAAAUCAGAAAAAUGUACUAACUGAAAUAUCAAGACGGAAAAUAUAUGCCGAGGAUUAAAUAAAAGAUAAAUUGAGUGCAAUGCA